CAUCGAUUCUCACGAUCUCUUUUGCUUCCUCCAUUCUGAAUCCAUGGGGGAGUUUGCUGAGGGAUUCGAUUGCCUCGUGCCCUACCUCCGUUUCAUGGAAAUGGAUCCCAACUUGGAGCUGACGAGGCAGCUCGCAGAGCUAAAUGACUCCGUCACGGAGAAGCCAAGCCUGGGAUUGACGGAUUACUCCAGCGAUUACUACUUACUCGACCACCCUGUGUUCUCGGUGCCGUUUAUUGAUGACUUGUCCAGCUUGUUGCCUGUAGAGUGUCAAGUGCCAAUUCCGGAGCCGCAGCCUGUCACAGGCUCUUUUGCAGAGCAGACUCACGGAGACAGAAAAAGGAAGACGAUGACAUCACCUCAUGCAAGAUACGGGAACUAUUCGGACGCCUUCUUAGAGGCUGGCCGGGCACAAGCUAAGACGAAGAAGCAGAAGAAUGGUGCAGAAAGUGGGGAUAGAGGCCAAAGCAAUUCAAGGGAAGUCGAGAAGCCCAAGGAGGUGGUUCAUGUGAGGGCAAGAAGUGGCCAAGCCACUGAUAGCCACAGCCUAGCUGAGCGGGAGAGAAGGAAGAAGAUCAAUGAAAGAAUGAAGCGUCUACAAAACCAGGUUCCUGGAUGUCACAAGAUGAUGGGUAUGGCACGGAUGCUGGAUCAGACCAUUCACUACGUGCGAUCACUGCAGAAGCAAGUCGAGUUUCUCUCGAUGGAACUAUCGGUUGCUAGCUAUUUCUACGACUGCAGCUUGGGCGUGGAGGCUCCUGCAGCAACAGAGGCAGAUAAAGCACAGAAAGGGCAAGAGGUAGAGAGACUGCGGAGGGAGGGGUAUGGGGAUCGCACCAGCUUCCACUCAUCGGUGCCCUUUUGACCCAGCUUUCGGCUCUUUGGUGCUUCAUCAUGUCCAUGGCCACAUACACCGCCCCAGAUCCAGUCCAAGAAUUGUGUUCCCCGUAACCCAUGCAUGGCACACGUGCACACAUGACCCAUGUAUAUUUCCCUGCGCACAUGUGUGGGGGCUCCCAGAAAAAACACAGACAACACCCAAACUGUUCUGUUCACUUUUUUCAUGUACUCCUCUUCGUUUUCUUUUUCCCUUCUGUCAUGUAUCCAGAAUUUCUUUGUUGUCAUCCUUUAAUAAUAUGCUGGUAAUAACA